GGCCGGGGCCGCCGCUGUGGCUGCUCUCCGGAAGAUGGGGACAGGCACGGUGUCCCCGAGCAGCCCUGUGUCCCCAGGUGCCUCAGGGCAGCCCUGGACGCGCCCCACAAAGGGCUGAGUGGGGCAGGGGAGCGGGACCCCGAGAGAUGCCCUGUCCCUGAAAGUGUGGGGAGACGUCCCCAGCUGAGCGGUGGGGAUGCAGGACAAGUCCUGGCAGCAGGACCUGGCCUGUGAAGACCUCAGGCACGUGCCCAGCGCUGCUAGCCGCUGGCACCGGGUGGCCAUGUGGCAUGUAGCCUGCCACCAGCACGGCAGGGACAGCCUGGAGGCCGGGGAUGUGGGGGAAGGAUCCUGCGCUGCCGGGAAGGGCGGUGUGGUGGUCGCAGCCUGCACCCGAGGGGCGGGGAUCGGGGACCCCGUUCAGCCCAGGGGACCUGCCCCAGCUUCCCAGUGGCCUGGGCUAACUGGGACGGGAAAGCAUGGCUCCUGGCCCUCCCAGGCUGGACACGGGGGCAUGCGGGAGACGGUGGCGGCCGUGGCAGGAUGCCAGGCUCGGUGCAGCCCCGUGGCCCCCCCUUGCUCCCUCUCCCCCCUUCCUCCCGGGCCACAGCUCAGAGCAAGAGCGAGGAGGGUAAAAAUAGUGCAGCGGCAACCGCUCGCCCCGGUCCCGGCGGGGAGAGGCCGUACGCAGCUCGCCGCACCGCCUCCGGCACCGGCACAUCCCAAAAUAGCCGGGGCUGGGGUCACACAGCCACCCCACUCCCACGGCGAGGGACUUUCCUGGUUCCUUUGAGCAAAGCCUUUGCCCUCCUGCAGCACCCCCCCUCCACAGCCCCCUGGCAUGGGGACAGGGCUGUGGGAGUUCACCGGGACCCCCAGUUUGGGGCUGGCUCCGCAGCUAGAUUGGGGGUGGGGGGGUGGGGUGUGCCUGUAGCUGAGAUUUCAGGGACUUGCUCACCGCUUCGCCCUCCUCGCCGGGCUCCGGCGGCUCUCUCCUCCCUUCGCUCCUUCCUCUCCAUCACCCCAUCCGCCAGCACCCAUCGCCAUCGGGGGGGAAGAGGCUGCAGCUGGUGGCCGGGGGCAGCCGCAGGGUCACCCGCCCGCCGGCCGGGAGACCCUCGAGCCCCCGGGGAGCCGUGGGGGGAGGACGGGGGCUCCGGCCACCAGCGGCCGCUGCCCACAGCCCAGCACCUCUUCCCCGAGCACCACCUCACCAUCAUGCUUUUUUCCUCUUGUUUCUUCUCUUGCAGGUUUCACAUGGGGAACCUUCUUAAAGUGUUGACUUAUAACGAACUUGACCAAGGCCCUAAUUUUUUCCUUGACUUUGAAAAUGCGCAGCCAACGGAGGCCGAGACGGCGGUGUGGAACCAGGUGAACGCCGUGCUGGAGGAGGCGCAGGCUGUCCUGGCCGAGCUGCAGUCGUACACGGGUGCUGGGCAGGAGAUCCGAGAGGCCAUCCAAAACCCCGGGGACCUGCGGCUGCAGGAGAGGGCCUGGAGCGCCGUCUGCCCCCUCGUCGCCAAGCUGAAGCGCUUCUACGAGUUCUCCCUGCGGCUGGAGAACGCCCUGCGGAGCUUGCUGGAGGCCCUCACCAGCCCCCCGUACGCCCCAACCCAGCACCUCGAGCGGGAGCAAGCCUUGGCCAAGCAGUUCGCCGAGAUCCUCCACUUCACCCUCAGCUUUGAUGAGCUCAAGAUGACCAACCCCGCCAUCCAGAACGACUUCAGCUACUACAGAAGGACCAUCAGCCGAAACCGCAUUAACAACCUGCAGCUGGAUGCGGAGAGCGAGGUGAACAACGAGAUGGCCAACAGGAUGUCCCUCUUCUAUGCCGAGGCCACCCCCAUGCUCAAAACACUCAGCAAUGCCACCACCAAGUUCGUUUCAGAGAACAAGACCCUCCCGAUCGAGGACACGACCGACUGCCUGAGCACCAUGGCCUGCGUCUGCAGGGUGAUGCUGGAGACCCCGGAGUACCGGAGCCGCUUCACCAACACCGAGACCCUCCUCUUCUGCAUGCGGGUGAUGGUCGGCGUCAUCAUCCUCUACGACCACGUCCACCCCGUGGGGGCCUUCGCAAAGACCUCCAAGAUUGAUAUGAAAGGUUGCAUCAAAGUCUUGAAAGACCAACCCUCAACCAGCACCGAGGGGCUCCUGAACGCUCUGAGGUACACCACUCGGCACCUCAACGAUGACACCACGUCCAAACAGAUCCGGGCCCUGCUGCAGUGAGCGGGGGGGUGGCCCCGACCCCCCCGCAAGUCACCGCGUCACUGACGCCCAUGACCAUACCGCUCAUUUUGUACAGAGGGAAAAGGGACAAUAAGAAAUACACAGAAAUACAAAAAAAAAAAAAAUCAAAAAUCAAAAUGGCCCGAGGCCACCCCCCAGGCGCUCCUGCCCCCCUGUCCCACCCCCCAGAAGAACACCUGCUUCUGGAAUCGAGGUGUGGGUGGCACCAUGGGGACACCACCGGGGUGCUGGGGCCGGGCAGGAUGGACCCAGGCAGGGAUGCGCCGAUGUGGCCAGUGGCAGUGAGUGCCCAUGGCACGGGGGCACCUUGGGGAGGGGGGGAAGGGGCAGGUGUUGCCCCCGUCCCCAUCCUCAUCCCCGUCCCCAUCCUCAUCCCCGAGCAUCCGGUGGAGGAGGAGGAGGAGAAAUAAACACCCCUGCAGAUCUGCACGGACUGGUGGAAACGGCUCGGUCUCACCUGGUAGAUUUUUAAUAUGAGUAAUUAAAUCUCCACUCACCUCUUCUUUUCUA